GCGUAGGAGUAUCGCGCGGGAGCGGGCCGAGAGAUAAGGGUACGUUUGGGCCUGGAAUCUCGAAUUCGAAAGAUCUCGACGGCGGCGAGAUGUAGACGGAUUAUAAAGCCGCGUGAAUCGUUGCGUGCGCGCCUAUCGUCUUUGGGCUAUAAGAGCCGCGAAAGGCAGUCGGAGAGGCUUUUCGAGCGUGCGUUGAGCCAUAUUAUAUAGGAGGAGGCCAAACUGCGAAAAGCAUAAUCGUUGGCGCGCUUGUGCGUGUAACUUUUUAUUAUAUCUAUAUAUGUGUGUGUAUAGGUAGGCUAGUGGCCAGUGACAGUGGGUCUCGAGCCGACUCCGACUCGGUGCGUGCCGUCAUCAGUCGAGUUUACUGCUCCGCGCGUGUGGAUCGUCGAGAGAGUAGCGUACUCCCGACUUUUCGUGCGUGUGUGUAUUAUUAUAUUGUGUAUAUACUCGUGCGCCGCUGCUGCGAAGCUGAUUACUGAAUCGCGCCAGUCGUGCCCAAGUCGGCGAGUCGCGGCGGCCCCCGCGAGUGUGAGUGCGGAUCGUGACCGACGCGAGUUAGUGUGCGUGUAAGCGCUUGCGUGCCAAGGAGCGAGGAGUGUACUGCUAACUACUCACUACUGCCUGUGACUGCUCGCGGAUUGACAGUGUGUGUGCAUAUCUGUGAACUGUGUUUGUGUGUAUUAUUCGCACGUCGAGGUGGAGGGGGGCCUCGAAGUUUUGCACGGCCAUCUUGUUGGUGACGCGCAGCUCGUCGGAGGUCGUGGGCUCCGCCAGUGACGAAGCCACUGGAGUUUUGACGUGGCUGCUACGUACCUGCCCGCUUGCCCACUCCGAUUGCUGCACAACGGCGCUACAGAAAAGUACGUAACUGGGCACUGGCGGCGUUUCGGGUCCUCGGGCUAUGGACAGCAUGGUCGAGGAGAACGGAUCAGUUGUGGACCCACUUGCGCAGGGAUCGCAGAGCGGCGAGACCGCCCCCAACAUCGUGACAUCGGUACAGUCUCAAGCUAGGAUACACAAUCAGCAACAACAACAACAACAAUCAUCCCAACAAUAUCUACAGCUUGCCUCUACCAGCAUUGUGCAACUCGACGCAGUGCAGGUCCAAUCAGUUAUUCAACCAAAUCAACAGUCAGUUAUUCAAACUGCCACAAAUAUACAACCUGUAUCUCUUUCUAAAGGAAAUGUUAUUCUUGUCAAACCCAACUCUGUUAUUCAGACAGCUCAAGGAGGCUUACAGACAUUACAAGUUGUCGAAACUGAUGAUGAUGGUAGCUCUGAAGAAGAAUCUCCAAAAAGAAGAAGAGAUAUGCUAUCGCGUAGGCCAUCAUAUAGGAAAAUACUAAGUGAAUUAGGCGGUGGAGAAAUAACUGGAUUAGGUGUUGCAGAUAAUCGUAUGCGACCAAUUGAAACUUCUUCUGAAUAUGAUUCUAAUGUGGAUAGCGAAGUAUCUUCUCACUCGUUACCCUAUCCUGCAGUUAUACCAGCAGGAUCAAUACAAUUAGCUCAAGGAGAAGGAGUACCAGGACUACACACCUUAAAUAUGAGUAAUUCAACAACAGCAGGUGGCACAAUAGUACAAUAUGCUCAAGGUCCAGAUGCACAAUUCUUUGUACCAGCUAGUACUGGCCCUGGAGUAGUUGUUGAAGAUGCAGCAAGAAAACGAGAACAGAGGCUGAUGAAAAAUAGAGAGGCUGCUCGAGAGUGUAGAAGAAAAAAAAAAGAAUAUAUAAAGUGUUUAGAAAAUCGUGUGAGUACACUUGAAAUGAGGAAUCAAACUUUGAUGGAUGAACUUAAAUCGUUAAAAGAAUUAUACCAGCAGAAAACGGAUUGAAGCUUGUAUUUAUUGUUGAAGAUCUUCCUCAACAUAAAAUUGAUAAUAAAAAUGCUCAGAUGCUGAUAAUGUAUGUUGUUGUUGAUGUUAUACAAACAAAGGUGAUGUGCAAGCACUCAGGUAGAUAAGUGUUUCUUGUUAUAUAUUGUAUUGUAUUACAAAGGCUUGUGAAACUUGCUAAUACUAAAGUGAGCAGCCAAAGCUUGAAGAAUGAAGAUAACAGUCAUAUGCAAUCGAAGGACACAUUUUAUUUAUAUAAAUAAAUACUAUUGUUUGCAAAAUGAACUAUUAAUAUAAUAAUGUGAAGUAUUGUUUUAAAGCAAAGCUCAUCAUUUUGUGUUUGUACUGCGGAUUAAAUAAUUGCAUUACUUUUGCCAUAAGUCAAUAACAAAGACAGCCGUAAUUAUGAAAAUACGCAAAUUUUAUAAGUCUAAUUUCACAAAUACUGGACGUUUCAUUAUAGAUGUUUGAGCCUUAUAUCUAAAAAGUGUUGGUUUUAUAAAAAAUGUUCUAUACAAAAAAUAUUUUGCUUUUCAAUAUCCAUCAAAUAUCAACCACACUUGAGUGUAAAAUAGUAAAUAAAAAUAUAUUGUAAAGUAUUAUGAUGAAACGCCCCAUAUUUGUCAAUUCAUUAUUCAAGAAUAUUUUAUGUAUGCCAAUUAGAUAGUCUUACAUGGUGAAAAUUGAUUUAGAGAUUUUCUCUAUUGUAAAAAAUUAAAAGUGUAAUAUAAGUAUGGAGUGCCUUGCAGAUUAGAACAUAUUUUAGUGUGUGUAUUCUGCACAUGAAUAUUUUAAUGUAUGUUUACAAGACAUACAUAUAAACAGUGGAUAUAUCAUUUUAUCAUGAUAAAAUAACGAAAUACAAGUAUGAAAUGAAUAUUUUUCAUAUAAUUAAAAGAUGAAUGUUUCCCAAUAGUUUCAAAAUAAACUUUAUGAAGAUUUAUAUAAAUAAGUAUGGAUAAAAUUCUUAUAUUAUGUGUUUGAUUGUAACAUUAAUCAAUUUUUUUUGUUUAUUAUUGCUGUAGCACACAAUCAAAUCCAGCAAUUCAAUAAUUCUGAUUUAUUGCAUUUUUGUUUUCUACUUUACGAUUGUUAUUCAACAAAAUUUUAUUUAAAAGAAACUAUAUUUUUACAAAAAAUAAAAUUUUUUUUUGACUAAGUGAAAGGUUUACUUACAUAUUGUGUUAUUGAAAUUUCUUGCAACGUUAUAAGAUUAACGGAUAAAAGACUUGUUGCAGUCGGCAUAUAAAUACAAGAAUAAUCUAUAUAUAUGUCAACCAGAUUCUUGGUGUAAGUUUAAUCUAAUAAUUCUAUGUAUUUUUUAUUUUUAUUUAAAUGUUGAGCUUUUAUUUAUUGAAUGAUUCAUUUUGAUUUUAAAUUGAUUAACUAAUGAUUAAUGAUGCAAAUAUAUAGACAAUUUUGUAAGUUAUCGAUAUAAUUUAUUUUAAAAAAUCGAAUUUAAAAAAUUGUACUUUUUUUAAGAGAUCUAUACAUCAUUAAAUCUCACUUGUAAUUAUAUGUAUAGUAUGUGUAUAUCUCUGUUACUUCGCUUAUAUUCUACAGUAUUGUAAAUAGAAUAUAUGUAUUUUUACAUAUCAUUGGCCUUCUUCAAAAAUAUAAAUUUAUCAACUUGAAUGUA